AAAAAGAAAAAAGAAACAAAGAAAAAAAUCACAAUGACAAGCAAAUUGACUGUAAGCAUCAAUGUUUAUUUUUCUUUUUUAACGUUGUUUGAAAGUGUAAAGCCACUGUGCGGCGGCGACUAAGAAGGCGGCUGUGGUGGCGGCGGCGGUGGCUGAGGCGGGGACGGAGGAAACAGAAGAUGGCAGAUUUUUUGAAAGGCUUGCCUGUCUACAACAAGAGCAAUUUUAGUCGAUUCCAUGCUGACUCCGUGUGCAAAGCCUCGAACCGCCGUCCCUCAGUCUACCUGCCCACGCGGGAGUACCCGUCUGAACAGAUCAUCGUGACAGAAAAGACAAACAUCCUCCUGCGCUACCUACAUCAGCAAUGGGACAAAAAGAACGCUGCCAAGAAGAGAGACCAGGAACAAGUGGAGCUUGAAGGCGAGAGCUCAGCACUGCCCCGCAAGGUGGCUCGGACCGACAGCCCAGACACGCACGAGGACACUUAAGACUCACUCCGCACGGGCCGUGCCCUGUCUGCUCCUCGAUCGCCUGCCCACGUGU